UACAAGGAUUACUUACUAAACUCAUAUUUAUAAAGUGAGAUGGUGUGCUCUAUAUAAACCAUAUGAUCUAGUGAAUUCUGAUUACAUGUGGCUUCAAUUAUGAUCAAGUGAUUUUUAUUUCAAAAUCAAGCCAAAUUUUGAAAUGAAUGUAUAUCUCACUUUUUUUCUUUGAUCGUUCUGGAAUGUCUAUGCAAGUUAGUUUAUUGUUCUUGCAGGAUUUUGAAAAAUUGAAGUUCAUUAACUUUAGUAAAUGCCAGUCACUGGUUUGUUCGCCAGACCUCUCUUAUAUUCCAAAUCUCGAGGAAUUGAAUUUCUAUAUGUGCAAAAACUUGGAGCGUGUCCAUGCUUCAAUUGCAAAGCACUGUAAGUUACGAGAGUUGAAUCUUGAAGGGUGCCAUCUAUCAGAAGUAGAGUUCCUGGAAAAUCUUUCCUGUCCUCGCUUAUUCAUAUUAAAAUUGUAUGGAAACAAUUUUACUACCCUUCCUACAUUAGAGAGACUAAAUGACUUGGAAGAAUUGGAGGUUUCGGAUUGCCAACAACUACAAGAGAUCCCCAAGAUUCCGGCGAAAUUGAGAAGACUAAAGGGAAAUAAUUGCAAAUCUCUAACUAGAAUUCCUUGCAACAUAUGUGACGUUGGGGACGUUGAGUUAUAUUCAAGUCGGGAUCAGGAGCUAGUCCAUAAUGGGUUCCCCGUGAAUGAUUUGUUCAUGCCUGAGAAAUUUCAUUGCCAACCAAAUCAUCGAGUUGUUCUAUCUGGAGGAGAGAUGCCAAAGUGGUUGCUGCCCAAUAAAGAGGGUUAUAUAUCUUUCGUGGCUUCAAAGGACUUAUAUGAAAAGAUCCUAGGAGUAGCUUUCUGUGUUGUAUUUCAAGUGGUGCAUAGGUCACGUGAGAGUACUUCAUUCGAGGUUAUAGGAUCUGUUAAUUGCAAAGCCGCAAUACACAGGAAGUAUUUCAAGUUCUUUGAUUUGGAUAAUGUGUGGCUGGAGUAUAUGGAAUUAAAGGAUUUGUGGACAGUAGACCAUUUUAGUCCAAAUGACCUGACUCGUUUCCGCAUUAGCAUUAGAGUAUGCAAUUAUCACGAACUACUUGUGAAGAAGUGUGGAUUCCGACUAAUAUGCAAGCCACUAGAGAAUGAUAUAAAGGUUUUGCUUCAAGACGAUCAGUUGCUAGAUCCAGCUUUAUUCUACGAGGUUUCACAUGAAGAUAAUCCAAUGAGCACAAAAAGAAAAAGGAUUGAACAUGGUUAAUUUGUCA